AUGCCGACCGCACCCCCAUCGCGCCCCCCCACGACCUACCUCGACGACGAGGACCUCAGCGUGAAAUGCUGCACCCCAAUCACGUCGCUCGUAGCGCCAGUAGAAGUCGGCAACAUAGGGUUCGAAUCUUCCUCCUCCCCCGCCAAAACAAACGACGAUUCCAAUGAAAAAGAAACAGCACUAACGAUCGACAGGUCCGGGCGCGCCGGAACAUCGGCCUUCUUCGCCUGGCCGCUCCUCGGCCCGCUCCUCUUCGAAAACGAGACGAGCGACGCGCGCGACCACUGUGCCAACGAACGGACGUUCCUGUCCUACCUCCGUCUAUCCGUCUUCAUGGCCAUCCUGUCCGUUGCCAUCACGCUCUCGUUCCACAUCAACUCCAAGCCGACGGAUCUUGAAAGACGCAUAUCCAAGCCUCUCGGGGCCAUCUUUUGGGUUUUCAGCGUUGUUAUGCUGGGUUUAGGGCUGGCAAAUUACAUCAAAACAGUGAACAAGUAUAGCAAGAAGGCGGCCAUCGUGCAGACCGGGUGGAGGACGCAGCUGAUUCUGGGGACAUUGGCCUUUUGCAUCAUCGGCUCGAGUAUAGUUUUACUCGUCACUACCAGAAUUCGUCAUCAGGGAGGGGGUUGA